UGGACGGCGCUCGCCUUCCUCCUCUCCAGAGAGGAACCAGGAGGAGGAGGAAGGAGCACAAGAAGCCCUUCGGGACCCCCUCUGAGCCCGGCCUGACCUCCUCUUGCCAGCCCCGCACUUCCCUUACCCACCCCACUCAGAACCAAGGCGCUAGCGUGGAGCAGUCAAAAGUUGUAGCGAGAAGAGGGUGUGUACCUAGAUAGGGAGCGGCGGAGGUGGUGGGGGGGGGGAGGGGGGAGCGCUCAUUGCCAGCCUCCUUCUUCCUCUCCUCGCCUUGCCUCGCUCUCAGAUGGGGGGCAGAGGAGGAGCAGGACCUGUCCGCACGCCGCGCCGAAGAGAAGACAACCCCGCGCUGGUGCCGCCUUCGCCAACCUGCCCCGCGCCUCCACGCCUGACCCACUGAAGGAAGGAUAUAUUGGGGUGGAAAGCAGAGCAGAAAGCAGGCCCGGGGUGUAGAGUUCGGACUCGCAGGUUGUUGCAAAGAGUUCUAUCCCUCGCCAUGGCUAAGAAACCAGGCAAAGGCAUGAGGUCCUCCAAGAGCAGGAGAACGGGGCAAGAGUAGGCAGCCCAGGAGAGACAGCCCACUCACUCCAUCCUCGCCCAGUUUGCCCUCGCAUCCAACCAGCUGCUGGGAGAGAGGAAACUUCGAGCAGAGCAUCCAAAGAUGGGACAUCAUCCGCUGCUUCUCUGGCUCGGUCCCCUGCUUCUUCUCAGCCUUUGGGGCCAAAGCUCCCUCUCCAAUGAGAUCCUGGGCCUGAAGCUGCCACUGGAGCCUGUGCUCAAUGCCAACACAGUCUGCCUGACUUUGCCAGGUCUGACUCGGCGACAGUUGGAGGUCUGCGUGCGGAGUCCGGAUGUGACCGCUUCUGCCAUUCAGGGCAUCCAGAUUGCCAUCCACGAGUGUCAGCACCAGUUCCGUGACCAGCGCUGGAAUUGCUCCAGCCUGGAGACUAAGAACAAGAUCCCCUACGAAAGCAUCAUCUUCAGCAGAGGUUUCAGGGAAAGUGCUUUUGCCUAUGCCAUUGCAGCUGCAGGUGUUGUGCAUGCAGUUUCCAAUGCCUGCUCCCUGGGCAAGCUGCAAUCCUGUGGCUGUGACCAGAAGCGUCGAGGGGAUGAGGAGGCUUUCCGGGUCAAGCUGCACCGUCUGCAGCUGGAGGCCAUGAACCGAGGCAAAGGGAUGAUGCAUGGCGUACAUUUGGAACACAUGCCAGCAGAGGCCCCUGGCCUACAAGACUCCUGGGAGUGGGGGGGCUGCAGCCCUGAUGUGGACUAUGGGGAGAAGUUUUCCAAGGACUUUCUAGAUUCCCGGGAGAUCCAUCGAGAUAUCCACUCACGUAUGAGACUGCACAACAACCGCGUUGGACGGCAGGUGGUGAUGGAGAACAUGCGGAGGAAAUGCAAGUGCCAUGGCACCUCUGGCAGCUGCCAGCUGAAGACAUGUUGGCAGGUGACCCCCGAGUUCCGAAUGGUUGGAUCGCUGCUCAAGGAUCGCUUCUAUGGGGCCAUGAUGAUGCGCCCCCACAACAGGAACACUGGACAGAUGGAGAUGAGCCAUGGCCGCCACCGGCGUCGAGCUGGUGUCGGCGACUUGAUCUACUUUGAGAAAUCACCAGAUUUCUGCGAGAGGGAGCCAGCCCUGGACUCCAUGGGGACGCAGGGACGCCUCUGCAACAAGACCAGCCCAGGCAUGGACAACUGUGAGAGCCUGUGCUGUGGGCGGGGACACAAUAUCCUGCGACAGACACGCAGUGAGCGCUGCAAUUGCAAAUUCCACUGGUGCUGUUUUGUGGCUUGUGAGGAGUGCCGACUGACAGAGUGGGUCAGUGUGUGCAAGUGAUAGUCCACUGCUCUUUCCCUCACUGGACAUAUCAAUUACACAACCAUUUUGAUCAUGGGGCACUACAGGACGGAACCCUGUGCCAGCAGGAGGCAUGGUUUGGGCAGCCUGGGGCACGUUAGUGUUUCACAUCUCCUUCGCACUUCCACUCCUCCUGCCUGACUUGUGUGUGAGCUCUCCGAAGGGCCUGGUCACAGAGACUAGAGGUGGGCCUAGCAUCUCAGAAGCACAAGAAGCCACACACCAAUGGGCUGGCUGGAAGCUGACACUUCCUCUGGUCACUCCUGACCAUUAACAUCUCUAUCUGGGGUUCAAAGACCCAUGAACCACUUCUGGGAGUUCCUCUUGCAGAAACUCACUCAGCAGCCCCUUAGUAUUUCCUUUAAAUCCCACUGUGGGAUUCUUCAGGUGCCAGACAACAGAACAAAUUACCUAUUUGUAUUUUUUUAACCUGGCCAGAAGCUGUCCUGCUGCAAAUUAGAGGAACCCCAGACCAUUCUAGGCUAUCAUGAGUAAAUUCGUUGCUCAGGAUUUUUUUUAAAAAAAAUUACAGAGUUUGGCAAAAGAAAUGUUUCUUAAAAAUUGAAGGGCGGGAGUGGCGAAGUCAGUCUUUAGAGUCCUGUACUGGUGCCACGUUAGGCACUUAGGGCAGUUACUGUGGUUGGUAAGUUAUUUUAUUAUUGUGAAAAUAAAAGUGAAACUGGGGUA